UCAUCAAUACGAACGAGCCAGGGGACCAUUGGGGGCUAUUUUCUGGCUGGACGAUCCAUGACGUGGUUGCCUAUUGGAGCAUCCCUGAUGUCAACUGAUGUGGGCAGUGGUUCAUUCAUGGGGCUGGCAGGCACUGCAGCAGCUGGGGGCCUUGCUGUUGGAGGCUUUGAGUGGAACGCCAUCUGGCCACUGCUGGCUCUCGGCUGGAUCUUCUUGCCUGUUUACAUCGCAGCAGGAGUUGUCACCAUGCCUGAGUACCUGCAGAAGAGGUUUGGAGGGCAGAGGAUACAGAUCUACCUGUCCGUGCUGUCCCUGAUUCUCUAUAUAUUCACCAGGAUAUCCACAGACAUUUUUGCUGGAGCAUUGUUCAUCCGAACCUCUUUGGGCUGGAACCUCUACUUGUCCACUGUGGUCCUGCUAGCAGUGACUGCUGUCUACACCAUAGUUGGGGGUUUGACUGCUGUGAUUUACACAGACCUGAUUCAGACCGUGAUCAUGGUGCUGGGAGCUUUCGUCCUCAUGUUCAUAGGAUUUGAAAAAGUUGGCUGGUAUGAAGGACUUCAGGAGAAAUACAUCACAGCAAUACCAAAGAUCACGGUCCCAAACACGACCUGUCACCUCCCACGUGAUGAUUCUUUCCAUUUGUUCAGGGAUCCCAUCACAGGAGACCUUCCCUGGCCUGGCCUUGUAUUUGGUCUCACUAUAGUGGCUCUUUGGUGCUGGUGCACUGACCAGGUGAUGGUCCAGAGGUCUCUCUCUGCCAAGAACCUCUCCCAUGCCAAAGGUGGAUCAGUGUUUGCAGGACAUCUGAAAACGUUGCCUGUGUUUUUCAUUGUGAUGCCAGGAAUGAUCAGCAGAGCUCUUUUCCCAGAUGAAGUGGCCUGCGUGGACCCAGAAGAGUGCAAAAGGAUCUGUGGAGCUGCUGUGGGUUGUUCCAACAUUGCCUACCCCAAACUGGUGAUUGAACUCAUGCCUGAUGGGCUGCGGGGUUUGAUGAUUGCAGUGAUGAUGGCAGCCCUGAUGAGCUCCCUCACCUCCGUGUUCAACAGCAGCAGCACCCUCUUCGUCGUGGACAUCUGGCAGCGGCUCCGCAGGAAAGCCUCCGAGCAGGAGCUGAUGAUUGUGGGCAGAGUCUUCAUCCUCAUCCUUGUGGUCAUCAGCAUUCUCUGGAUCCCAAUCGUUCAGUCAGCCAACAGUGGAAAGCUCUUUGACUACAUCCAGUCCAUAGGCAGCUAUCUGUCCCCACCAAUCACAGCCCUCUUCAUCUUGGCAAUCUUCUGGAAGAGGGUUAAUGAGCCUGGUGCUUUCUGGGGCCUCAUGGCUGGGCUGGCUGCUGGUCUGGCUCGGAUGAUCUUGGAGUUUUCUUAUAGUGCCCCAGCUUGUGGGGAGGUGGACAAGAGACCAGCUGUGCUAAAGGAUGUGCACUACCUCUACUUUGCCCUCAUCCUCUUUGCCCUCACUGCCAUUGUCAUCAUCAUCGUCAGUCUCUGCACCACCCCCAUCCCUGAAGAAAAGCUGGAUGGCCUCACGUGGUGGACCAGGCACAAAAAAGCACCUGCCAUAAUCCAGAACAGUGAAGCACCAGAGAUCACCCCAGAAGACAGGGAGAAGGACCUGGUGGAAAAUGCAUCUCCAGGCGAUGAGGAGGAGGCAGCAGCCAAACCUCCCUGCUGGAAAAUGGUGAUUAUGUGGUUGUGUGGUCUGUCCACCGGCCCAAAGCCCACCCUGUCCCAGGAGGAGAAAGCUGCCCUGGAGCAGAGACUCACCAGCCUCGAGGAAGAGCCCCUGUGGAGGAAUGUGUGCAAUGCUAAUGCCAUUAUCCUGAUGACCAUCAACGUCUUCCUCUGGGCAUAUUUCGGCUGA